UAGAAGAAGAAGAAGAGGACAAAAAGAGCAUUGUGGGAUUGCAAUGGCUGCUCCCGAGUCUGUAAACAUACGCGUCGUGUUUACGAAAGCUGCUCGGAAAUUAUUGCCCAAGGCGUCACUCUCCAUCAUUUUCGGGUUUAUUUCCCCGAUCAUUGUGUGUCCCCUUUUCUGGAAAUUCAUGUGAGAGUUUUUGUUGAUCAGACUCAAAGAGGCACCCGAGUUUUUUUGGGAGUUUGCCGCUUUUAGCUGAAACAACUCCCGUAGAAGCUAGCGUUAGCCGCUCAAACUGAGAUAAUGGAUGAUGAGGAUGUGUCCAUGCAUAGGCUAGAAGGAACAAAUCCAUCUGCUGAAGUUGGUGGUCUGAUAGUGAAGAAGAAAAGUGCCACUGAGGAGCCUCAUGUUUUUCGGGCACCAACACCACGCACAUCUUUGCUAGGGUUAGACCUACUGGCUGCUCAAAAAAGGAAGGAGCGUGAAUUGAAGGAACAGGAAGAUUCUAAUGGUGAUGACAGAAAUACAAAGAAGUCAAAGGUUUCUUCUUACAAGGACUGGGAGGAAGGAAAAAGUGACUCUGGGUCUGAUGAAGAAGACGAUGAUAAGGAUAAGGGUGCUAAGAAGGAGAGGAAAUAUCGUGUGACUGGUUCCGAGACACCCUCCAACCCUGGAGGGGUCAGUGAAGAAUUCAGGCGCCGGCACCAGCAAAGGGAGAAAGACAGGCGUGAGCAUGGAGUCUUUGCCUCCUCUAAGGAUGACAGGGAUAAAGACAGAGAAAGGAGCAGAGAUAAAGGGAGUAAGCGACGGAGUGAAAGAGAUGAGCGUGAAGGCAGCCACGGCCGUGGCAGCAGCCGGUCAGAGCAUGGGGAGCGCAGUGAGAGGAGCGAGCGCUCGCAGAGAGACGGAUGGUCCGAUCGUAUCAGCCGGGGGACUAAGAGAGAUGAACCAGGGACACCACAGCAGCGUCCAAGAGAUUCUUUCACGCCCUCCCGCUCAAACUGGGACGAGGAUGAUAGUGGGUAUGCCAGUUCAAGACAUUCGCAUUGGGAGUCUCCAUCCCCAUCCCCAUCGAACAGAGAGUCUGAUCGCUCGGAAAGAAGCCAUCGCUCCGGUCGAGAGAGUGAGCGAAGGGACAAAUCUGUCAGAGGUCGUUACUCUGAUGACACACCCCUGCCCACCCCGUCCUAUAAAUACAACGAGUGGGCCAAUGACAGAAAGCAUUUGGGUUCCACACCUCGUUUAUCACAAGGGAAAGCUAAAAGAGGAGAUGGUGAAGGAGGCUUUAUGUUCGAUGAUCAAGAUGAAAAAGAACAGUGGGAGGAGGACCAGAAGCAAGCAGACAGAGACUGGUACAUGAUGGACGAGGGCUACGACGAGUUCCACAACCCUUUCACAUCCACCUCUGAAGAUUAUGUAAAGAAAAGAGAACAAAUCCUUCAGAAACAGACUCAGAAAAGAAUAUCUGCUCAGAAGCGACAGAUUAAUGAGGAUAAUGAGCGGUGGGAGACCAACCGCAUGCUGACAAGUGGGGUGGUGCAAAGGUUGGAGGUAGAUGAAGAUUUUGAGGAAGACAAUGCUACAAAGGUUCACCUACUGGUCCAUAACCUGGUCCCUCCCUUCCUGGAUGGAAGAAUAGUCUUUACUAAACAGCCAGAGCCUGUUAUACCUGUAAAAGAUGCUACCUCUGACAUGGCCAUCAUCUCUCGAAAGGGCAGCCAGCUUGUCCGCAAACACCGUGAGCAGAAAGAACGAAAGAAGGCUCAGCACAAACACUGGGAAUUGGCCGGCACCAAGUUGGGAGACAUUAUGGGCAUCAAGAAGACUGAGGAGGAAGAGCCUGGGAACAGAGUGGUGGGCGAGGAUGGCAAAGUAGACUACAGAGCCGAUCAAAAGUUUGCUGACCACAUGAAAGAGAAGAAUGAGGCCAGCAGUGAGUUUGCCAAAAAGAAGAGCCUUCUGGAGCAAAGACAGUACCUGCCUAUCUUUGCUGUCAGGCAGCAGCUUCUCAACAUCAUAAGGGACAACAGCAUCGUGAUUGUGGUUGGGGAGACGGGCAGUGGUAAGACCACCCAGCUGACGCAGUACCUGCAUGAAGAUGGUUACACACGCUAUGGCAUGGUGGGUUGCACUCAGCCCCGAAGAGUUGCAGCCAUGAGUGUGGCCAAGAGAGUCAGCGAGGAGGUUGGCACCAACCUCGGCGAGGAGGUUGGAUAUGCAAUCCGUUUUGAGGACUGUACAUCUGAGAAGACACUGAUAAAGUACAUGACGGAUGGAAUUCUGCUGAGGGAGUCUCUGCGGGAGUCAGACCUGGACCACUACAGUGCUGUCAUAAUGGAUGAGGCUCACGAACGCUCCCUCAACACGGAUGUGCUGUUCGGGCUACUUCGUGAGGUUGUGUCACGACGCACUGACUUGAAGCUCAUUGUUACCUCUGCCACUAUGGAUUCGGACAAAUUUGCUGCUUUUUUCGGCAACGUACCCAUAUUCCACAUUCCAGGCCGAACAUUUCCAGUCGACAUCUUGUUCAGCAAGACACCUCAGGAGGAUUACGUGGAGGCUGCAGUAAAGCAGGCCCUGCAAAUCCACCUCAGUGGUAUGUUUGGAGACAUCCUCAUCUUUAUGCCUGGACAGGAAGACAUUGAGGUGACAUCAGAUCAGAUUGUGGAGCGCUUGGAGGACUUAGAGAACGCUCCUGCUCUGGCCGUGCUGCCGAUUUAUUCACAGCUACCAUCUGACCUGCAGGCCAAAAUCUUCCAGAAGGCUCCAGAUGGUGUGAGGAAAUGCAUUGUUGCUACAAACAUCGCUGAGACGUCGCUCACUGUGGAUGGAAUCAUGUUUGUUGUGGAUGCAGGAUAUUGCAAACUUAAGGUUCUCCAAGCGUGCAUUGUUUUUAAUCCUCGCAUCGGUAUGGAUGCUCUCCAGGUAUAUCCCAUCAGUCAGGCCAAUGCCAACCAGCGUGCUGGCCGAGCAGGACGUACAGGACCGGGACAGUGUUACAGGCUAUACACUCAAAGUGCCUAUAAGAAUGAGAUGCUGACCACCACCAUACCUGAGAUACAAAGGACAAACUUGGCCAAUGUAGUUCUGUUGCUGAAGUCGCUGGGUGUUCAAGACUUGCUCCUCUUCCAUUUCAUGGAUCCACCACCAGAGGACAACAUGCUGAACUCCAUGUACCAGCUCUGGAUCCUGGGAGCUCUGGACAACACAGGUGCUUUGACACCCACAGGCCGUCUGAUGGUGGAGUUUCCCCUUGACCCUGCCCUCUCCAAGAUGCUCAUCGUGUCCUGUGACAUGGGUUGCAGUGCAGACAUCCUCAUCAUUGUCUCCAUGUUGUCAGUGCCGGCCAUCUUCUACAGACCUAAGGGUCGUGAAGAGGAGAGUGACCAGGUGAGGGAGAAGUUCUCCGUCCCAGAGAGCGACCACCUCACCUAUCUUAAUGUCUACAUGCAGUGGAAGAACAACAAUUACUCCAGCAUCUGGUGCAAUGACCACUUCAUUCACACCAAGGCUAUGCGCAAGGUACGUGAGGUGCGUUCACAGUUAAAGGACAUCAUGGUGCAGCAGAAGAUGAACCUGGUUUCCUGUGGCUCAGACUGGGACAUCAUUAGAAAGUGCAUCUGCGCUGCUUACUUCCACCAAGCAGCCAAGCUCAAGGGCAUUGGUGAAUAUGUGAACGUGAGAACAGGCAUGCCAUGCCACCUUCAUCCUACCAGCUCCCUGUUCGGCAUGGGCUACACACCAGACUACAUCAUUUACCACGAGCUCGUCAUGACCACAAAGGAGUACAUGCAGUGUGUGACUGCAGUGGACGGGGAGUGGCUGGCUGAACUCGGGCCCAUGUUUUACAGCAUAAAACAUGCAGGAAAAAGCAGACAGGAGAACCGUCGGCGGGCCAAGGAGGAGAUCACCAACAUGGAGGAGGAGAUGGCCAUGGCUCAGGAGCAGCUGCGUUCACGCCGAGAAGAGCAGGAGAAGAAGAACAACACUGGCACUGUUAGAGCAGUAAAGAUCUGCACCCCGGGAAGAAAGGAGGAGGCUCCGAUGACGCCACGACGCACCCCAGCCCGAUUCGGACUGUGAAACUCACCUAAAAUAUUGAGCCUCUGUCAUGCAAACCUGGGCCUCAUCAGCACAAGAAAAAAAACUGUUCACCUGCCAGUUAUCCCACGACAUCACCUGCAGUUCAUGUACAGACCACUAGAGUGAGAACUUGUAUAAGGUAGAAGGUUCUAACUGAAACCGCUACCAUAUAUACAAAGAAACGCUGGACUUUUUUUUUUCUUUUCUGUAUUUUCAGUAUUGUCUGUAUGUAUGAGAUAUCUGUAUAAUAAUUCGACCUAAGAUAGAAACAAAAGCUUUUUAAAAAAAAUAUUUCUGCCUCUUGGCAGAGAGACAUUGCGUAGUAUUGAUUUAAUUUCAUUGUGACGUGUCUUUGUGUCCAUUCGAUUACUUCUUCUUGUGUUGUAGUGGCUUGGACGGCUUGUACUGUCUUGAAGUGCUCCUUUAGAGCCUGAAGCACUAUUCAGACUGUACUUGUGGCACAAGUGUGUACUGACUAGCGUUGGACUGUAAUACAACACACUUACACAGGUUUAGGCAAUUGACCUUUCUCUAUUUGGCACAGACCUUGUGCCAGCAAGUUGAUGCACCAUGGCAGUGACUUCACCAUGCUGGAUUAAACCAAUCAACUGUUAGAGUUGAAUGACCUGUGUGUUCACGUCAGUGCAGCUUUUAUUGCAGUUUUUACCGAGGCAAAUGUUUGCAGGUUGUUUUUUGUUGAUUCAAGCCCUCCUCUGCCCUCUCAUUUGAUUACCUUGUCAUGCAGCCACAGAUAAACUGUAGUGGAUGUGUUUUGAAUUUUUUACAUGGAUAGCUUCUUUCAACAUUUCAUGUAAAUACAAUAAAAAUAGUCUUUUUGUUUUUAAUUGCUUGAUGUUGUCAUUGCUCUUUAAGAACAUAUUAAGUGUGGAUUUGUGUGAUAUAAAUACUGAUUUAAUAAAUGAAGUCCCCAAAAUGCAAAUAGA